AUGGUCAAUGACAACAAAGCUCGGCCCGACGGCGGAGCAGCUAUUGUGAACGUAGCCAGCAUCGUGUCCAAGUGCGGCGGCCCGGGUGCAGCAGCUUACUGCGCCUCUAAAGCAGGCGUCGUGGGGCUGACCAAGUCUGCCGCGCAAGAACUGGCGGCCCACGGCAUCCGCUGCAACGCCGUGCUUCCCGGCAUGACGGAAACGCCUAUGAUUGCCCCCGUGCCCGAGGAGCUAAAGACCUCAACUCACGAGGCGACGCCGCUCAAGAGGUCCGCCCAGCCGCGAGAGAUCGCCGAGGCCAUCAAGUACCUGUGCUUGCCGGCGGCUAGUUCCUUCGUCACUGGCGCUACUCUCGAGGUCGCCGGAGGGUACGCUAUGUGAAGACAAAUAUUGCAGUGUCCGAACGCGUCUGAUGCUCACGAAAAGCGAUGCUACACUUCGUUUCAGCGAACUUGCAGCGGCUGAUGGACGCUGGGCACCGGGAUUCCCCGUAUCUACCUGGCUAAUCGAAGCUAAAGUCAACACCGAAAAAUAAUCGGCUGAUCAAUACGUCACAUCUAUAUACCGCAUGUAAGCUCUCACGAACAAUUCUUGCGUCCUCGUAGGAUAACACUGCUGUAAUG